AUACCUGUGUACAAGGUGGAUCUGUGAUCUGUCAAUAAUAGUGAAAAGUCCUCAAAUUAUUGGAGAAAAAUUGGUAUAUGGAGAUAAAAAGUUCGAAAAAUAAGUAAUGAAACAAAUAUUUUUGUGGAACAGUGAUGUUUGUGUGAAAUAAGUGAGUUAAGAGAAAGCUUCAUCAAUUCUCGGACAAAACAAUCGAGCUUUUCGUCCAAUGGAAGCCAAUUACGUUCAUCCGGAUGAUGACCCGGACAUUCUCGCUGAAGAUAACACUCGGCCAUCACUGCCGGAGGAUUUUCCAAAUUUUCGCGACUUCCAAAUUGAGAAAAUGGUCCAGCACUUUCGUGUAGUGACGGACGGAUCGGAACAGCGACUUCGGCUUGGCUUUAAGUGCAAGUUGUGUAACGAGGUGUUCAACAAAACGAUGCAGCUACUGGGACACAUUCGAAAACACUUCGAGGACAAUCACAGUUGCCGGGAUUGUGGAAAAUAUUUUUUCGAUACUAAUAAGUUGCACAUUCAUAAGAGAGCAAAACAUACACAGGCAUUGAAGUGCCAACUGGGGUGCCCAAGCUAUACCACCUCUAAUAUAAAAUGUCUUCAGUCGCAUUAUUUGCGUUAUCAUUGUAUAAAGAUCAGACCGAGGGAAAUGAAGAAAAUGGAAGAGACACUUGUUAGUCGGUCCGGGAAUACAGUAAGCAAAUUUAGAAUUCGACGGGAAGAAAUUGCAGAUCAGCAGAGAGCCUUGCCAGCAUUACCUGUGGCUCAAUUGAUCGAGAAAGCUGACACAGAGGAACCAGACCAAGAAACAGAAACAAGAACUGAAAUUGAUGAUGACGAUUUCGAUGAACCAGAAGACUAUGGACAAACGGUAGAGUGUUGCGUCUGUGAUGUGUACAUUCCAAGUGAAGACGAUCUGCGAGUACAUGAAGAGACGCACAGUAGUCCGUACGUUUGUAAGAUUUGUUUAACCGCUUUUGGACUGCUUGAUGAUGCUCGGGAUCAUUAUGAUGCUCACGAGAAAACCCAGGUUAUGCAAAAUCCUCUUCAAGUACAGUCGAUCAGUCUAUCCCCUGCAAUAUUACAGCAGCAACAAAUUCAAGCAAGCAUACCAGUAAACACCAUAACCACUCAAAGUCAGCAACAUAAUCCCACCCCAAACAUAACAACGAUGAUUGUAAUGCACAACGGAAAUCCAAUUCUGAUUCCAGUUCAGACCUUUGAUAGUAGUCAGUUGGUUCCAGCUUUUCAGCAGCAGGCAGUUCCAGCUCAAAUUAAUGCGCAGCCAACAACUACUAUCACGCCUAUCACAGCUACCUGGCCGAUCAACCAACUGCUUCCAGUCAACAAUCAAAUCGAAAUCAUUCCAAUCCACUCAACUCAUCAAGUAGCUAAUGCUCCCACAGGCACAAGUUCUUCGGCACCAGCAUUAAAUUCAAUUGGAGGAGGACUUCCCAUUCAGAAUAUAAUCAACAUCAAGCAAGAGCAUGGUCCUCCAACGGCAGCUCAUGUUCAACAUAACGCAGGAGGAGGAAUCGUAAUAACCCCCAUCACAGCGUUAGAUCAAAAUUUCUUGCAACAACAUCAGCAACAAGCUUUUAAUGCACAAAUGCAAAUGCAACAGCAGCAGCAACAACAACAUUAUCAACCCCAAUCGUAACUCGAAUGUAGAGCUGCACAACAAUCGAAUUAUAAUUUUAAACGCAGCACCGAUCGUUUGCUUAGCUUUGAACAGGUUUCGAAGGCUACGACAUUUUCAUAAUAUUUGUAAAAACCACUUUGAAGGCAUAGAAUUUGAACGCAGAAUAUUUUUACGUUGUGAGGCCAAGCAAAACUAUUGAAAAAGUCGUCCUUAUUCUUGUUUAAGGUCGUAUCCGACAUUCGUACGAAAAGAUCGAUUCGUACGAAUUGGAAAAUGCUAUUCUUAUUUUCUUAAACGCUAAAUAAAAGGGCGCUCGAACAUUCAAUUCGAACGAAAAUAGAAAUGCAAAUUGCGAUACUUUCGUGCAAAUGGGGCUCGUACUAGAACAAGAAUAAGUGCUAUUGUAACGAUAGAACAUUAGAAACAUAAUCAAAAAGUAGAAUCGAAUCGUGAAGAAAAAUAACUAGCUGCGAUCUUAUGUCCGUCAGACACCUUCAUCGUUUUGAAAGAUCGCAAUAUGUAUAGUCAUUCAUGUCUUGUACUUAUCCAGCCACUUUUAAAACCUUAAAAAAACAAACAAUUAUUCAGUUCAAAGCAUUACUGCGCAAUUAUAAUCUGGCUGCAUCGUUUUAUUUUUAAAAUUUUUAUGUUUUUUAAGGAUAACUGAAAAAAAAAUAAGUGGAUCGAUAUUCGAGCUAGUUUAUAUGCAAUAGUAACUUGCUGUUAUCGUUCGAUUAUCUGUAAUCCGGGGAUCUGCGAUAUGCAUCUUUAAAGUCAGCAUAGACAUUUAGACUGGAAUUUACAUGUAAUCAUGUAAGUUGAAAAUAGCUUAUUAACUCUAUAUUUAGUAACUUUAAGUAACCUUUCAUUAUUAAGUUAUUUUUGUUCAAUAGUUUAUCUUUAAUUAGACAUUUUUAUUAUUUAAUCUGCAUAGUCAUGCGUUAAAAGAGAAUGUAAUAAAAUCCAAUUUCGCAUAAUUAAAACAA